UCCGCACGUGUCUCCUUUACCACCACCAUCAUGUCCACGGUUAAUCCAGUAAACCCGAAACCUUUCAUGCAGGAGCUGACUGGGAAGCCUGUCUUUGUGCGGCUAAAGUGGGGAUUAGAGUACAAGGGUUUCUUGGUGAGCACCGAUGGCUACAUGAACCUCCAGCUCGCGAACACGGAGGAGUUCCAAGAUGGAAAGUCGAACGGUGCAUUGGGCGAAGUUUUCAUCCGGUGUAAUAACGUGCUCUAUAUUAUAAGGAGGCACCACCAGAGUAACGCAUCUCGUUAUCGGCAGACUGACUGCUGCGACAUGGGGGUGUACAUAUCUUCCUUGCCUGGAUUCAUUUGUUAGGGUUACGAGUGAGCAGCUCUCGGUCCCUUCGUGUCUGUUGUCGUUAAAUUCUCUAUAAUUCGUGUAUGAUAGUGUAUGACAUAGGCUUCGGGCCACUCAAAAUUGCUUUAUGGCACUCAGCUGCAGCCUUAUAUGAG